AAUUUAGAAAUAAAACCCCCAUCUUCUGACUUCUAUUUCCCAUUCUAGCCCCUCCAUUACCCAAAAUCCCAAGCUGUUAUAAAACUGAUAAGUUCCAACUCUAUGUGUCUCCGUCUCUGUCUUCCCCACUAAUUCCCACACACACACACACAUCACUAAUGGAGAAAGGCGAGGGCUCAUCGAUGGCGGAGCAUGACGAAACGCACAAAACGACCCACCACCUGGCGGUCCCACCAGGGUUGACCCAGUGCGAGUUUGACGAGUUGAAGCGGUUCGUGAUCGAGUUCCACACCUACAGGCUCGGGCCCGGCCAAUGCUCCUCCCUGAUGGUACAGCGCAUAGACGCGACUCCCGACAUCGUCUGGUCCGUCGUUCGGCGCUUCGACAAACCCCAUACCUACAAGCACUUCAUCAAGAGCUGCACGGUGCAGGAAAACUUCCAUAUGGUCGUCGGGUGCACCAGGGAAGUGAAUGUCAUCUCCGGGCUUCCUGCGGCCACCAGCACCGAGAGGUUGGAUAUAUUGGACGACGAGCGGCACGUCACAGGGUUCAGUAUUAUCGGAGGGGAGCACCGACUGCAGAAUUACCGGUCGGUCACGACGGUGCACGGGUUCGACGGCGACGGGAAGGCCCGGACUCUGGUUAUGGAAUCGUACAUGGUGGACAUGCCGGAGGGGAACACCGAGGAAGACACGCGUCUGUUUGCGGACACCGUGGUGAGGUUGAAUCUGCAAAAGCUGGCGUCAGUCACCGAAGCCAUGGCUCGUGGCGGUGACGGCAAAUCCGAGACGAUUUAAGAGAAAAAGAUACAACUGCGAUUUCAAACGCAACAAAAAGGUUGCGAUCUUCCGUUCUGUCUGUUCUUUUUAUUUUUCCUGUGUUCUUUUAAAUUCCCUCUGAAAUCGAGUUUUUGGAGCAUGCAUAUCUUUAUUUUUGGUUUCAACGCGACCUGUAAAAUCACCGAAAUAUCCUCCUCUCCAAAAAAUCACGUGAUUAUAUAUAUGAACUCGAAUGAUAACUUCCUACGUUGGAAUUGCUGAAAGAUGAA